GGGCAAAUAUAAUAAAAAAUGUCGGAUAAACAAUCAAUAAAUGUCCAAGCAAAGAGCACAUAAAUUGUUAGCCAAAUUCUUAUUAAAUGUUGCACUUUGAAAAAAGUUAAAAACGCAAACAACGCAACCAACAAAUAAAAAAACACCGAAAAAACAACUACAAAAAAUUGUAAAGUAAACAAGGCCUACUUGGGACAUCCAUUAACCCUUAUCCAGCACUAUGAUGUCGAAUUGUCUCCAUUUGGGUCUAAUUCUAAGUGUUCUGCUCGGUUUUGCGGCAUCCACCGGCGGCAAUUCCAAUGAAAAUGAGGACGAAUAUUUAACACAACGAGAAUAUAUAUUGGAAAAGUCGUACCACGGAUUGAUACGUGAAAAUGAGACGCUGGUGGAAAUAACGCCACUGAUUAAAGUUGACGAGGAGAAAAUAUGCAAUUUUCGCAUAUUAAAAAAGCCAUAUCAUGAAAUACCAUUCCAGAUUGAGCUGGUGAACAAUUUGGGCAUUUUAAAGGCACGUCGCACUUUGAACUGCGAGAAGCGGAAGAGCUAUCAUUUCGAGAUAGUGGCGAUUUACUGCGAUGGAACACCCUCAAAUCCAGCCAAUGUGCAUAUCACUGUUAUCGAUAUCAAUGAGUAUGCGCCGACAUUUCUGCAGCCCUCGUACGUAACCGAAGUGGACGAGGGAAAGCUCUAUAAUGAGAUCAUUCGUGUGGAGGCAACGGACAAGGAUUGCACGCCACUCUUUGGGGAUGUAUGCAAAUACGAUAUAUUGAAUAGCGAUGAGCCGUUUACAAUCGACAACGAAGGCUCCAUCAAGAAUACGGAGCCCUUGUCUCACAAGAUCUCCCACAAUCACAUCCUGUCCGUUGUCGCCUUCGAUUGUGCGAUGAAGGAAUCGACACCCAUCAUGGUCAGCAUCAAGGUGCGACGCAUCUGCGAUGCUAAGUUUCUAGGCAUACCCGAGCGCAUCGAUUAUACGUCGGGCAGCACUGAGAGCCUGCAGUUGUUCCCCAAUGCCCGCCUGGAUCUGUGCAACAUUUUGUGCAGUCCUGAAGAACUCAAUAUACACGCAGCAGUCGUACUCAAGACAAAGCACAUAUCCUUUGGAUGCGAUCGCGACAUAAGCAACUGCACAGCGAGCAGCAAACUCAAGGAUUUAUUGCCACGCGGCGCGGAGUGGACAAAGGAGCUGAGCUUCGACGAGGGGCCGGAGCCCAUUUUCCACUUUGAUGGCAACGCUGGCGUGGUGCUGCCAGACAGUCUGAUUGGCCGACACGAUUUCUCGCUGCACUCCUUCAGCAUUGUGAGCGUCUUCCGACAUGCCAGCCAAAGUCCGCCGCUGAACAAGCACGUCAAGGAGCACAUCCUGUGCAGCGCCGAUGACCACAAGAUGAAUCGACAUCAUAUGGCGCUCUUCGUGCGCAAUUGUCGAUUGAUCCUGCUGCUACGCAAGAAUUACAACGAGGGCGACUUAAACAUCUUCAGUCCGGCGGAAUGGCGCUGGAAGAUAGCGCAGGUCUGCGACAACGAGUGGCACUAUUACGUCAUCAACUACGUGGAGCAGUCGGGCAAAGUGGAGCUCUUCAUCGAUGGGGUGCGCUUCGAGAGCUCCGUCGAGGAUCGUCACGCCAAUCCGGAAGUCAUCGACGAUUGGCCGCUCCAUGCGGCGCACGGUGUUAAUACAACGCUCUCCGUCGGCGCCUGUUUCCAGAGCUCCGAGAAUCGACUGAAGCACGGAUUCCUCGGCGAUAUAUCCGUUGUUAAAGUGGCCCUAAAUAAUAUACUCUUACCGGCGGACAUUAAAUGUGGCACUAGCUGCGCUGAGCACCUGCUGCCCGCCACGCCGGAGGCAGACUCCCCGAACACGGAGCAGGACGUUCAGGUACAACUCAAUGCCAAAAUGAAUGAGAUCUAUAUUGAGGCGCAGAGCAAGCAUAAAAUCGAGCAACUCAUGCGUAAGAUUCAGUAUAUCAAUGCCAAAAAGUCACCCACAAUUGGCCGGAGGAAUAUCGAAGUGAGAACUACGAUGAUGUGCACCAAUCAAAGUGCUCUCCGUCUGCCCACCAUCGAGACGUACAUCAUGGUAAACGAACCCAUUCAGACACCAGCUGGCAUUCUCGGUACGGAUGCGGAAAGAGAGACCGAUGUGGAUACGGAUAGAGAGACGGAUACUGAUUCGAUUGUGGAUGGACAGAGGCGAAAACUCGCUGUGGAUAAGCUUAAAGGGGAACAGUUUCCGGGCAAGAUUGCCAUAUCAGGCACUCAAAACAAGCUGGUUUCGUAUCAGGAAAUCAAAUUGGGCGUACAUAUAUUGGACAAAGUUUACAUAGGCAUCUCCAACAACGAUAACAAUAAUAAAAUUAAUAAUAAUAUCGGUAAUAAUAAUGAUAAUAAGCAGAAGGAGAAAUUGGAUAGCUGCAGUGUGAUUGUUUUCCCAUCUCUGAAUCCGGAUCACGAGGAAAUUCAAAUCGAUGGCGACGAAUCGUUGUCCUCGACAAUGGACAUCAGGACGAACAUCAACAAGGAUGGCGUCGAAAUGAUUGGCACCGAUUCGAUAAGCAACUAUUUGAGUGUCCUACGCGCACUCGUCUACAGCAAUAAGAAGCCGGCCUAUUAUCUGAAUCGCGUCUUCAAAUUGUCCUGUUCCCAGCUAAGUUCCCAAUUUAAAAGCGUCGAGUACACGCUUACUUUGACCGUCCUGCAUCCGAAGCAAUCCUCAAAGACAACCAACGCACCGGGAACACCCCUAACAAUCGACGCCGACCCCAAUUAUCCAGCUGCAGCAGCACAAGCAUCCCCUUAUCACAAUACCGAUCAGGCUGUUCAAGAUACAAAACUCUUUUCAUAUUCACUGCUGCACACUAAUGAUGUUCAGGAGCCCAAGUCACAUGUGCAUGCUAUUGUCCACAAAGCUGAAGCUUCGCAUCCCACAAUGCUGCUCAUUUUGAUAUGCGUUUUUCUCGUCAUUUUGCUCUGCGGCGUUUCAAUUGCCCGACUUAAAAAUAACCAAAAGUAUUCAGAUCGUCACCAGCCUUGUCCCAAGGCUGCUGACGAAGGCCUAAUUUGGGAUGAUUCCGCGUUGACCAUAACCAUAAAUCCAAUGCAAACAGAUGCCGCAUCCGAGGAGAGCUCCGAUUCGGAAAAUUCCGAUUCCGAAGAUGACGAAGUUAUUAAGGAUGGCUUUGCACACAUCAAUCAGCUGGAAUGGGACAAUACCAACAUGUUUUCAUCGGCGAACUAAACAGGAGCAGGAUGAAAAUAACGAGCGGACGAGGGAUAUCUUUCAGUGUGUGUGUCUCGUUUAUCAAUAAAAGUUAAAAUUAAUUAUA